AGAAACACUACAAUGUUUUGCAUUGUGCUGUAAAACAUGACCAAACAGACAUUACUAUGUAUUUACUCGAAAAUGUUGAGGACCUGGACAUUAAUGCAAUUGACAAAUUGGGUCAAACGAGCUUACAAAUGGCAUCAAUUAAUAACAACCUGGAAAUCGUGCAAAAACUCAUUUCAUGCGGAGCUGAACUCAAUAUUAAAGAUAAACAAGGGAGAAGUGCUGGUCAUUGGGCGGCAUUCAAAGGACACGACGAGAUACUCACGGCUCUCAUCAAAGCUGGCAUUGAGAUCGACGACAGGGAUGGCGAUGGCAAGACUGCCCUCCAUUUGGCAGCUGAAUAUGGCUUCAAAGAUGCUUCAAAUACAUUGAUACAACAUAACUGUGAUAUUUUUGCAACUGAU